GAUAUUAUAAGGGAAAUACAAUAAUCACAAAAAGGUAAGUUAGGAACACAAAGAUAUGUUAAUUUAAUAUAAACACAUCAUCACACUAUCACACUAACGACACAUGGGAUCAAUUAGUCCCCCCCACCGUACACUACCCUCAACCUUUUCUUUUAAUUAUCUUUCACCUUUCUCCAUUAACGCCCAUCUUUUUUUUUAUAAAUGUUUAUGGCUAAACCAAAUAGCUUAAUUAUAAUAAACUCCCCAAAUCCUCCCUACCUAUGCUAGGGAUACGACUCAUUGUAUAAAGCAAAGCAUAUCCACGAGUAUUCCCGACAACACCAGAACAAACAAAUAAAAUCUCUCUCUCUAGCUCGCUCAAGAAGUAAGAACAAUGGGUUUGCUCCCAUGCUCUUGUCCCCUGCCUUGUAAUAAAUACAGAUCAGAAUGUCAAACGAAAUCUACUCAUCACCAAUCAGAAUCAUCCACGUCAUCAUCAUCUUUGUUGUCUCAGCCAAGUCUCCCAUUGGUUCCUUCGCUGUCUUUCCAGCCGCAGAGCUCGAGCGUCUAUCACCAGUGCUUAGCCACUCUCAAAGGUCACUCCUCGUACGUCUCUUCUCUCGCCGUAUCCGAUAAAUUACUCUACACAGGCUCUUCCAACAGCGAGAUACGUGUAUGGCCCCGUAAACCUCCUUUCUCGCCGGAAUAUUCCACCGGCGAUGACCGUAACAUAGUUUCUACAGGAAACGGAGGGGUUAAAUCGCUGGUGAUUCUGGGAGACAAGCUAAUAAGCGCUCAUCAGGAUCACAAGAUUCGUGUUUGGAGGAUCAUCGACGAGAGCAGUAGUCGCAGUGAUCAGAGGUACAAGUGCGUGGCGACUCUUCCGACGAUGAACGACCGUUUCAAGAAUCUCUUCAGUAGCAAAAGCUACGUGGAAGUCCGACGGCACAAGAAGUGCACGUGGGUUCACCACGUAGACGCCGUGUCAUCUCUCGCCUUAUCACAAGACGGCACUAUGCUUUACUCUGGUUCGUGGGACCGAAGUUUCAAGAUAUGGAGAACAUCCGAUUUCAAAUGCUUAGAGUCUAUCGAAAAGGCUCACGACGAUGCCAUCAACGCCAUCGUGGUGUCUCCUGACGGGUUUGUCUACACGGGCUCGGCAGAUAAGAAGAUCAAAGUGUGGAACAAGAAAGACAAGAAACACUAUCUCGUCGCUACUCUGACUAAACAUCUCUCGGCGGUGAAUGCAUUGGCGGUGAGUGAAGAUGGGAAGGUUCUUUACUCAGGAGCGUGUGAUAGAUCGAUUCUUGUGUGGGAGAGAUUAAGCAAAGAAGAUGAUGGUGUUGAUGGUGAAUUACUACAUAUGUCUGUGGUGGGAGCUUUAAGGGGCCACACUAAGGCGAUUAUGUGUUUAGCGGUUGUGUCUGAUUUGGUGUUGAGUGGAUCAGCGGAUAAGAGCUUGAGGGUAUGGAAGAGAGGAUUAAUGGAGAAAGAGGGUUAUACUUGUUUGGCGGUUUUGGAAGGACAUACCAAGCCCGUUAAGUGUUUGGCCGUCGCAGUUUCUGAUUCUGAUUCUAAUUCCGAUUAUACUUGUAUGGUUUUUAGUGGGAGUCUUGAUCUUUCUGUUAAGGUUUGGAACUUAAGGGUCUCAUCUAUUUAAUUACUUAUUUACAAAUUACAAUCUAUGUCGUGACCAUUGGUUAAUCUCUCUGAAUUAGUCUAUAUAUUUAUU